UGCCUAUGUUGCCUAACAACGCACACUAGAUAGGCAGGUUACUAGUUACUGAGGGAGCCACAGAACAGGUGUUGCAGCCUUCAACAGCAGGAAGUAUCGGAGCAAACACGGGUAGAACGCUUCAUUUCGUGCAUAAGGAUGCUGUCCAUGACCUGACCUCAGUCGGCCUUGAGAAGAGUCAGUGUCUUUGGCUUCAGUGUUUUAUUUCAGAUACACAUGCUUUGUUGAAGUGGGAUCACAGCCCAUCUCCUCAGUAUGGAGAUAGCUGUAGCCAAAAUCCUGUGCCUGCUGGGGGUGUUUGCACUGAUGUUAGCGGGCAUCCUUGUUCCUGUGCGGGUGAUGCGCAUGGAGUAUGAUAAGGUCACGAGGUACAGAAGAGUGGUUGCUUUAAGCAACUCUUUUGGAGGAGGUGUAUUCCUGGCCACCUGCUUCAAUGCCCUUCUUCCAGCAGUUAGGGAAAAGGUUGACGACGUCCUGAAAACGUUACAAACCACCAAUCAGUACCCGCUGGCAGAGACGAUGAUGAUGAUUGGGUUUUUCCUCACAGUAUUUGUGGAGCAGGCCGUGCUCACUUUCCGCAAGGAGAAGCCCUCGUUUAUCGACCUGGAGACGUUUAAUGCUGGUGACUCGGCAGCGGGGAGCGACUCAGAGAAUGAUGCUCCAUUCAUCGCUCCCGCUCGAGGGUCCAGAGACCACCAAUACCAUUCCCAUCACCAUGGACACUUCAGCCCUUCAGAGCUGAUGCAUGCUGGGCCGUUGAGAUUAGCUGGCCUGGUGCUAGCGCUGUCCGCUCACUCUGUCUUUGAGGGUCUCGCUUUGGGCCUUCAGGAAGAUGGGGCUAAACUCGGAACCCUCUUCAUUGGAGUGGCCAUCCACGAGACGCUGGCAGCAGUGGCACUGGGGGUUAAUAUAGCCAAGGCGGGAAUCUCCUUACGGGAUGCCAGUAAACUGGCCGUAACAGUGAGCCUAAUGAUUCCUCUGGGCAUCGGGAUUGGAAUGGGUAUUCAGACAGUCCAGCACUUGGCAGAAAGUAUUAUAUCUGUAGUACUCCAGGGCCUGGCAGCCGGGACGUUCCUCUUCAUUACGUUCUUUGAGAUCCUCUCACGAGAGCUGGAGGAUAAACACGACAGGCUGCUGAAGGUGCUGUUUCUUAUACUGGGCUACAGUGUACUUGCAGGGCUCGUCUUUAUCAAGUGGUAAAAGGGGUUCAAAAUGUAACAUUUUCUAAAAUGGUAUCCUGCUCUUCUAGAGCACCAUCUGUCAAACAUCAUAACCAAGGGUCUCUGUAAAUCUACUGUAUAACUUUUGAUAUUUUAUAGUGCAAGGGUUUUCAAUCUUUUUAAUACCAGUAACCCAAAAAUAUGAUCAUUAUCUGUUAUUUUUAUGAUUUAUAUCAAUAAAGGCUGCUGUAAUAUCCUUUAGAUAUGUGCGUGUGUGUAUGUGUGUGUACAUUCAUGUAUGUAUACACACACACACAUACUAUUAAGCGUCAUAUUAUUAAAACAAAAUAGAAAAAUUAUUUCAUUAUUUUAAAUUAUUUAAAU